GCGCUGCGCCCCGGGCACGGCACGGACCGUGCUGCCCCGAGGUGCCGGUGAUGGGCACCGGGGGUCCCCGCUGCCCCCGGGGAGCCCUGCCGGGGGUCGCGACACCCCCGGCGGCGGUGGGGAGGGAGCGGGAGCCGCGGGGCUGGCUGCGGAGCGGCUGCGCCUGCUCCCGGGCAAAAAGUUUUGCACGUGGUGGUGGGUCUGUAAAGGGCAGCGCAAGGCGGCCGGGCUCCUCGCGCUGUUUCUGGGGAGGAAAACUGAAGUUUUGGUUUCAGAGAGGGCGGGGAGGGGGAGCCGCUUGGGCAUCGCGACCGGGUGAGCUGCGGGGAAUCCAGAGCCGGGUUUCUUUGUCUGCGUGCGGUGAGCAGCGCUGCAUUCCUUGCAGGAGCAGCGUGCUCUGCUUUCCGUCCCGCUGCAGGUCCCAGGAAGCCGCCAAGGUCCUCCUGGAGGAGCUGGGGCGGGAUCGGGGUCCGGCUCUGCGGGGCUGGUGGCAGCGCUGCGGGGCUAGCGGCUGAAGGCAGGACCGAUUCAAUCAAUGGGACGUACAGCAGACUGCCUCUCCUCCAGCCGUUUCACUGAUCCUGCACAAAAUUCAACCAGCCCCAAGUAAUUACAGGGUCGUAGUAAAAUGACUCUGCACCGUGGCUGUGUCAGUAAUUUGAAAAUACCUAUUUUUACACUUGGUUUAGGCUGAGACCUGCAUGCCGCCGAGCUCCAGAGAAGUAGGGCAGGGAGUCUUGUUCAGCCUUAAAGUAGUGUUUACUGCUGGGCUGCUGUGACAAGUAGCCUGUUGAAGUGUAAUUAUAAAUCAAAGUCUUGGUUGAACCUCUGCUCCUAGAUAAAAUCUGUAUCUGUAAUUUGCUGACCACUUCUUGUCUUUUACAUACAAAUAUUAUUAUUUCUAAGGAAAAGUUGCCUGAAGGGAGUUGACUCAUUUUAUUCAAGAUGAACAUUUGCUCACUGACUGUAAAUUACCUCCGCUGAAGAAUUUGAGGCUUGCAUAAUUUCCAGCAGCAAAUAGAGAAAUCAGAGAUGUCAUUUAUGCCGUUUAAUAUUCCAGUGAGAUUCUGGACCCAGCUAAUUGUUAGGACCUGCUAAAGGACGCUUACAGAAACACUGCUUGUUAGUAAAUUGUGAUAAUUGCCUUUAAGGGUGUUUGACUAGUCCAUGUGUGAGCUAAUCUCAGCAACCACAGCGGAGGAAAGAGAUGCGUAUAGAUAUGUAUCUUUGCUCUGUUUGGGGAAAUAUGUUAGCUUAUCUUAAAUGUGAAUUGGCAUACUUUGAAUUCUUCUCAAUAGAUGACAUUGUGGUGAUAAAGGCGAUGUUACUGGAACAGUUAAAGACCAGGGUAUGUGAAAUGGACAAGUGGUUCAUAAGACAUGACAUCGCUCACAGAAAGACACGGUUUUCUGUUCUAGUGGGGUGAAAUGCUGAAUGCCUUUCUCAGGAGCAGUCUGAGAGCCUAUCUCUCCAUUUUUUAACAGUAGCGUUUGUUACUGAGGCUGUGGGUGGGCUUGGGUAACGUGCAGUGAUCUGUUCCUCCCCUCUGCAUAUGGUCUGUAGCUCACUAGCCUCCAACGUGUGCUUAGCUGCAGGGUGGGUUUUUUAAGUUUGCAUCUAUUUUGUUGUGGUUGUGGGCUCGUUCUGAGCGAUCCUUCGCCAGUGGUGCUUGCAGGAGUGCAGAGCCCCGUGAAAGACCUGAGCGCCUGUGUUUGCAGCCUUUGACAUGAACUUUACCAGCCCUGUUUAUAAAUCCUCUCUGCAUGGUAAAACAAAGUUUUCAGUGUGUUCUGAGUUCCCCCAGCAUAUAGGGGUACAGGAUAAGAAUCAUGUUUCCUGGCAUACUGUAGAGAUCAUGGCACGCUUAGGCUGUGGUGUCUACAUUAUCACUUAACUGGGAGGGAGAGGAAGGGGGGCAGUGAGCAUCUUUAGUCUUCAGAUCCUAGUGACUCUAUUGUCUCUGAUCGGUGGGUGUUUAGCUCCCAUUCUGCUCCCUGGCAAUUAGACCUUGCAGGAUUAGUUCCUCAGUGCCAGGAAAGACAAGCUGUAGACAUCUAGUGAAUGCUGUGUGUUGCAUGGUAAUGGCAUUAAAAAAGGUAAAGUCUGUGGAAGUUUUAAAAACUUGCAGGGGAUUCUUUGCCAGUGAUGGGUUCCCCUUCCCAUCUGUGUCUCUCCACGGUUUGUGUUCUAAUGUUUUGAGCCAUGACCCUUUCUGUAAUCCUUCAGUUUCAGCAGGUUUCAACCUGAGAGUGUAUGGUCAGUGUAAUCUUUUUGGCUAUAGAUUAAGUGAGUAAUUUUAGCCCAAGAUUAGUGUUCAGGAUCCUUGAAUGGCAUCUCAGUCUUUAUUUGCCAGACUCUUUGCCAGUUAAUACAAUUGCAUUAAAGAUUAUUUCAUUUUUCUUGUAAAAGGAUUUGUGCUGUGAGGAUGUGCCAUCCUCCCUAAAUUGUUCUGUGCUGAGUGUUAAUGCAUUGCAAAGGCUGGUUUAGGGAACAUGGUUUUAAAGCUCCUUUUCAAACUUUUGCAUGGUAGAGUGAGCCAGGUGCUCUGCCUUGUGGCUGUCAUGAGAAGUGUUCCUUUGCAGUUUUGGAGGAGUUUGGGCUGAGCACUGUUUACUGAGCUGUAUUGCUUGCUCUUUUCAAUCCUAUUUGAACUGCACCAGGGAAGUCAUUUUCCAGAUUAUAGGAAAUGAGUUAUGGUAGUUUUGCAGUAAGGUGUCUCUUUGUUUCUUAAUUGGUGUUGGCUUGGGGGUGGUUUAUUUUUUUUUCCCCUGUGACUGAAGUGAAAGGUAUAUGAAAAACUUGCUGUUGUAUCUGACAAAUUGAUUAUUCUGUAUAUUAUUUAGGGAGGAGGAUGGUGCUGACUAAGUUGUAUCUAAUCUGUAUUUGUUGAAGAGUGUGUGUAUAUUCCAUAUGCACAAGCAGGAUGUUCUUAAAUGGGGUCUGUUGGACAAAUGAACCAUCUGUGGUGUUGAUUUUGUUGAAGGUUCUGGUCAUCUGAACCUAGAAAAACAAAUUAUUUAGUAAAGUUUUUUGAGGGUUUUCAACCUCUUGUGUCAUCUUUAAGUGUGAAAUGCAGGAAUAGAGUUGUACAGUAUUGCUUAAACAUCCUCAGGAAUAUGAAAAUGUUUGAGUCUGUGAGAGAGGGAAGUGCACCCAUGUUAAACACCUCCACAGGCAGUCCUGGGUCAUGCUCUGACUUUGAGCACUGGGAGCUUCCCAGGUAGGCUCUCACCCCGUUCCUUAUUUGAAGGUGCAGUAAAAGGGACUCUGAGCAUGAGAAUAUCAUAGUUAUUAGGGAAGUCUGGUGUUCUUCUUUCUCCAAGCUUCCUCUGCAGAGAGAAGUGAGAUGAUUACAAUAGCAAUCACAGCCAUAGCUUGCAGUGGGCUCCAUAUGCUCCACCUCUUAUUUGCACUGUGGCUUUUUGGCCAUUGUCUUUUUGUGGUUGCCAGUAUUCCUCCUUCUCCAUGUGCUCUGCCCUGUUUUGGCUCAACUCUUAAUUAAAUCUAGAAUCUUGCUCCUUUAAUCACAUGUAAGCCUACAUAUCAUGGCAGAUAACAGGAAUAUUCAUCUCCAGAGAGAGACUGAACAGCUCUGUGUUUGUCAGGAGUAGAAGAACAGUAUGGGGUAUGCCUUGUGUUUUAUGUCUCCUCCACACCUCGGAAGUAACCAGCAGCUGUCAAUGGCUUGUGCUCUGAGUACCUGACUCUUGAGGUUAGCUCCAUCACAGCGAUGCCUCAGUGGCUUCAGCUGACAAUGAAAACACAACUUUUUGCUGACUCUGGCCACAUAAAUGCUGUAUCAUUACAGCAGGCAGCUGCUGGCAGAGUUCGAGAUGUAAUCUCUGAAAUACAAUCAUAAUAUAUAUUUUUUUAGGGGUUUUGCAAGUUUAAACCUAUGAUCCUUGCUAGGUUUUCCUUUUAAGGCUACCCUUUUUCAUUCUCUGCUGUUGCAUAUGGAAUCAUUAUACCAAAGCGAAGCUUCCUAAUGGGAUUAGUAGUUUUUUUGUUCCCCGUGCAGCUUUUGACAUUCCUUAGGUAUUCUGUCUGGUAGCUCUUCCUGCUAUGAUUCAGUACAGGAGAAUGUUUCAAGCAUGUGCAUGUGUACAUAUGUAAUGAAUCAGCUGGUCUCGACUGGGGAAGGGUGAGAAAAUCAGUCCUGGUUCCUUUUCUUUCUCCUCCGACUUACAUGCUUACACUAUAUUGCUAUGAAAGUUGGAGAUCAGGUUUCCCAAGAUAAACCUGCUCUUGGGCAACAAAUUUGGAGUAUGUCAUUUAUGAAACUCAUCUAACAAAAAAAAAUAAACACAUGCCAAAGGUGUGGAAGAAAAUGUCAGUCAGCAUGCAUGAAAAUCGCAAAUCUAGGGCCAGUACUGGCUCCAUAAACAUAUACUUAUUCCACAAGUCAUCCUAUGCUGAUAGCGUCCUUACUCACCUGAACCUCCUGCGUCAACAGCGUCUCUUUACAGAUGUACUUCUCCAUGCUGGAAACAGGUCAUUCCCCUGCCACAGAGCUGUUCUGGCUGCUUGCAGCCGCUAUUUUGAGGCAAUGUUCAGUGGGGGGCUGAAAGAGAGCCAGGACAGUGAAGUCAACUUCCAUAACUCCAUUCACCCAGAAGUCCUGGAGCUGCUUCUGGACUAUGCGUAUUCCUCCAGGGUUAUCAUCAACGAGGAGAAUGCAGAGUCGCUGCUGGAGGCCGGCGACAUGCUGGAGUUCCAGGACAUUAGGGAUGCUUGUGCAGAGUUUCUGGAGAAAAACCUUCAUCCCACCAACUGUCUUGGCAUGCUGCUGCUGUCGGAUGCUCACCAGUGCACCAAGCUUUAUGAACUCUCUUGGAGGAUGUGCCUUAGCAACUUCCAGAGUAUCAGUAAAAGCGAAGACUUCCUCCAGCUGCCCAAAGACAUGGUAGUGCAGCUCCUUUCCAGUGAAGAAUUAGAAACAGAAGAUGAAAGGCUGGUAUACGAAUCGGCUAUCAACUGGGUCAACUACGACCUCAGUAAGCGUCACUGCUAUCUGCCCGAGCUCUUGCAGACGGUGAGGCUGGCCCUCUUGCCAGCCAUAUACCUCAUGGAGAACGUGGCAAUGGAAGAACUUAUCACCAAGCAAAGGAAAAGCAAAGAGAUAGUGGAAGAGUCGAUACGAUGCAAGUUAAAGAUCUUACAGAAUGACGGAGUGGUCACUAGCCUGUGUGCCAGGCCCCGUAAAACUGGCCAUUCGCUUUUUCUUUUGGGUGGACAAACCUUUAUGUGUGACAAGCUGUACCUGGUGGACCAAAAGGCAAAGGAGAUCAUUCCGAAGGCUGACAUACCGAGUCCACGGAAAGAGUUCAGUGCUUGUGCCAUAGGCUGCAAAGUGUAUAUCACUGGGGGACGGGGAUCAGAAAAUGGAGUCUCCAAAGACGUGUGGGUGUAUGACACUCUUCACGAGGAGUGGUCGAAGGCUGCUCCCAUGCUGGUAGCUCGGUUUGGGCAUGGCUCUGCCGAGCUGAAGCACUGCUUGUAUGUCGUAGGAGGACACACCGCUGCAACAGGUUGCCUUCCAGCUUCCCCUUCAGUAUCCUUAAAGCAAGUUGAACAAUAUGACCCCGUCACCAACAAAUGGACCAUGGUUGCCCCACUGCGAGAGGGAGUGAGCAAUGCAGCUGUAGUCAGUGCGAAGCUUAAGCUGUUUGCUUUCGGAGGUACCAGUGUCAGCCACGACAAGCUGCCCAAAGUUCAGUGCUAUGAUCAGUGUGAAAACAGAUGGACAGUACCAGCCACCUGCCCCCAGCCCUGGCGCUACACAGCUGCAGCUGUUCUGGGUAACCAGAUUUUUAUUAUGGGUGGAGACACCGAAUUCUCUGCAUGCUCCGCUUACAAAUUCAACAGUGAGACGUACCAGUGGACUAAGGUGGGAGAUGUGACAGCCAAGCGAAUGAGCUGCCAUGCAGUGGCAUCUGGAAACAAGCUGUAUGUUGUUGGAGGCUACUUCGGCAUUCAGCGAUGCAAAACGUUGGACUGCUAUGAUCCCACGUUAGAUGUAUGGAACAGCAUAACAACCGUGCCCUAUUCGCUAAUUCCCACAGCGUUUGUCAGCACAUGGAAGCACCUCCCCUCAUAAUUGUGUGUGUGUUGCAAUUAGAAAUUAUCAGUUUACUCCAUUAUUUGGAGAAGAGAAUUGGAACCUCAGAUCUGGAGAAAUGGUUUUAAUGAAGAAGAAUCGUUCAGCGUCUCUUGCAUUUGAAGAAAAUCAUCUGCACCUUGUAAAUUACCUAACCUAGACAUGAAGGAAUGGGAGGAAAAAACUGUCUUCAGUGCUUCAGCACGUGGUUUAAAUAUGAAUGAAUGAAUGAACCUAUGAUCUGGUCCUUGUGCUAGUAAUUGUGGAUUAAUGCCACUAUUAAUCAGUCUUUCAAAAGAGACAGGACUUCUCCGAGCUGUGCAGCACACAACUCCUGAUUUCCAUGGACUCCGCUGUUUGUAUGUGAAAUUUGGAAUGGUUGUCACCUCCCUUUGUGACAGCUUGAAGUGCCAGCACCAGCUGCAGGGGAAGCAGGCCAGGUCUGAAGCAGUGCGAUGCCGCUGUGGUUGAAGAGGCAGCGGCACGGCUGGAGAAUCCCACUUGCUGGAGUGUGCUGGUCUGUGGGCAGUGCCUACAGCAUCUCCUGGACCCCACGCUGCAAUGUGCAGCAAGUGACCUCCUAGAUAAGGAAGAACACAGUGGUGAAAUGUUCCCGCAACAGUGGGGAACAAAAGUGACAUCCCCCAAAUGCUCAUUGUUCCCUUUCCUCCCUGUAUUUAUAAGUAAUUCAGACUGUCCCAUUCCUGUUACGUUACUUGUUGUAGAUAUAGUAAUUUAUUGUUCUGUGCUUGCAUGCUGAAACAAUGCCUGCAAUUGUCUUCAUGUUGUAAGGGCUUGUGUGAAUUGUCGUAUGUUUUGCACAUUUUGUGAUCGCUGACUUGCUCUGCUGCACAAAGAAAGAAAACUGCUGGGUAAUGGUUGGAGGUGGGAGGGGUGGCUUCCUGGUCGGAAAUGGAAGGAUUACAAGGCAGGAUCUUAAAUUACACCCAUACUAAAGGAAGAAGCCAUGGAGGUCACUUUCUCAGGCCACCAGCUCCCCAGGUUGCUUGCGGUGUGUCUUGUAGAUGGUGUCCUUGCUACAUGCCAUUUGCCGGUCAUGCCUUUCUGGAAGCAGCCAAAAUCACUUGCAGCUCUCUCUUUGUGCAGCUACCUGAUUGCAACGCAAAUACUGUGGAAUAGCUUCUGGAUACCAAGCCCAGGUGAAGUUGUUGUCCAAAGUUAUUUAUUUAUUUAUUGGAUUAGAAAAGGGGAUACUUUCAAUAUUAGCCACAUCGACCUGAAUGAGUGGAGUGUGGCUGAUUCAAGAAUAAAAGCAAAAAACCUCAAGAUAUGUUAGUGAUGAAGUCUUUUUUUUUUUUUUUUUUUUUUUUUAAUAAAAAAUAAAAUAAG